AUUCUGGACACUGGAGGUUGCAGCUGCACUCCAGGCUGAGCAAGCCAUCUGGCUCCCAGGUACCUGCUGAGAUUUUGGCGUCUUCAGAGCCAAAGAGGACAGUUCCUGGGGAAAGGCCAAUGGGGCAGGGAAUGCUCAUCUGCUUCCACCUGGGUCCAACCACAGACGUGCAUUCUGGAAACUCCCCAAACCCAGAUUCUCUGCCACCAAGCCAAGAUUUUGGGUUCCUUGCAAGGCCCUGCCUGGAAUCCUGCUGGCAGGCUUUGCUUGGUGCAAGGAACCCCUGUUCAGACCCAAAGACUUGUACUUUAGGUAUGCUAUUCGUGACCCUUCACUUUACAAGGCCCAAAUGAGAGCUAGGGCAACCAAUCGUAUCUGGACCCCCACUAUACACCUCCCUUCCAGCGCGGCCCCUUUAAGUGCCACCCUACUAAUCGCCGCUGGGGGCAGCACUGAGCAGCCAGGCCAGGAUCAGAGCUGCUGCCUCCAACCUUCUGCCGGUACCGGCUAUAUAGCGGGGCCAGGUACACACCGGAACCGACUUGGGUUAUGCAGUCUACCUGGGCUCAGCUCGUGGAGAAAUAACCAGGCUGCAUGGGCUGUGAGGUUUCUCCUGCAGGUACUUCUAACACAGAUAUGGAUCCAGCACCAGAAUCCCUGACCAAGACCUGCAGCCAGGGCUGCUCCAUCCCCUAUGCCCCAGGUAAGCCGGACCAGUACGUGGGGUGGGGUGGAGGUAAAGGGCUUGGGGUGCAGAGGAAGCUGCCCUGACCGGUAUCUCCUCCCAGGGCGAAAUCCCCGAAAGGCCGAGUGACUGGAGCUACCAGCCUGGGGACGUCUUUUAAGAUGACCCGCACGGACCCGCCGGACUUGCUGGUGUCGACCGUGUACCAGGACAUCAAGGUGGUGGCCCCAGGGCUUACGUCCAAACGCCAGCCAUGUGAGCGAUCCGUGACCCGGCCAGCUGCGCCCGCGCCUUUCAACAAGCGCCACUGCCGUAGUUUCGACUUCUUAGAGGCACUGGACGAGCCCACCAUGGAGACGCACCCAGAGCCGCCACCUCCCGAGCCCGCACCACCGCGUGCCCGGCCCCGAGACAGCGAGUCUCGGCGCCGCACCCGUUCCAAGAGCGCACCCCGUGCGCCCCACAGCCUGGCGCCUGCUCCAGCUUCACCGCCGGUAUUGCAGCGCAGAGGCCGGGAAGCCCAGCGCUCGGUGAGGUUGGAGGGGUCCCCGCACCGGGAGCCCUCGUACCCUGCGCUGCGGGCUCUCGCCAAUGAGCUGCACCCCAUUAAGCUCCAGCCACAACGGGGCGGCCCCGGACGCAUCGCGCCUCUGUGCGCCACCCCAGGCCGCUGUGCGCCGCCGGCCGAACCACCCACAGGACCUGUCCCCCACGUCCGCUGCCGUUUGGACAUCAAGCCGGACGAGGCAGUGCUGCAGCACGCCGCCCGAAGCUCGCGACCUUGCGCGCCCAGCGAGGGGACGCCCUGGGCUCGCACAGCUCCACAAUUCCAUGGCCUCACAGUUCCAGGGCCCCGGCAUGUGGCCCUGUCACGUACUCCCACCCCUAGUGAUUUAUACUGUACCGACCCCAGAGCAGUGUACUGCGACGGGCCGCUGCCUGGGCCCCGUGACUACUUGGAGCACCGCAGUCAAGCCUUCACAACGCCCCCAGGUCCCACCCAAUUUUUCUACACCGAGGAACCUGAGGGCUACGCAGGCAGUUUUACCGCAAGCCCAGGCCUCCCUUUUGAUGGCUACUGCUCCAGGCCCUACUUGACCGAAGAACCCCCCAGACCCAGUCCAAGGCGUGUGGGCGGCUACUAUGCUGGGGAAGUACGCACCUUCCCGAUCCAGGAGCCUCCCUCCCGCUCCUACUACGGGGAGACACCUCGAGCCUACGGCCUGCCUUUCGUCCCCCGGUAUGUCCCAGAAGAGCCCCGGGCACACCCCAGUGCCCGCACCUUCUACACAGAGGACUAUGGGAGGUUCCGUGAACGCGACGCAAUGGCUCGGACUUACCCGCAUCCGCGCAGCAGCCCAGCCUGGGCUGAUUGGGGUCCGAGGCCUUACCGCACCCUUCAGGUGGUGCCUCCUCCCGCCCCUGGACCACUGUUGGCCUCGUGGCAUGGUGGCACCGGCACAAGCCCGCCUAGGCUGGUGACAGAUAGCCGCCACUACUCUCGAUCCUGGGACAACAUCCUGGCUCCUGGUCCUCGCCGUGAAGACCCUUUAGGACGCGGCCGCAGCUAUGAGAACCUGCUGGGACGCGAGGUUCGGGAUACACGGGGUUCAUCCCCAGAAGGCCGGCGUCCACCAGUCGUCGUGAACCUGUCCACCUCACCCAGACGCUAUGCAGCACUGUCGCUGUCCGAGACGUCACUCACAGAAAAAGGCCGUGGUGGAGAAAGCCUGGGCCGCAACUGGUACAUCACGCCGGAGAUCACCAUCACCGACAACGACCUGCGCUCAGUAGAGCGCCCGACUGCUAGGGGCUGGGAAUUGCCUGGAGGCCGACCGCGGCAGCCCGCACCCACGGUCCCCGAGGGACCUGCCUCCAGCCGCCAGCGCAGCCUCGAGCAGCUGGACGAGCUCAUCACCGACCUGGUCAUCGACUCGCGGCCACCGGGCCAGGCACCGGAGCCUGCCGCCGAAGGUUUAGGUCGCCAACUGCGCCGCCUGCUGGACUCACGGCCUGUGGGCCCUGGAGGAGCAAAGGCGCUGGCGCCGUCGCGCUCGCCCCCAGCCUCGGCUGGCAGCAAUGAGGAGCCCACCGGCUCCGGGGAGGCAGCCGACGCUUCCCCGGAGCCCAGCGCAGACGAGGACGACUUGAUGACCUGCUCCAACGCGCGCUGUCGGCGGACGGAGACCAUGUUCAACGCCUGCCUCUACUUCAAGUCCUGCCACAGCUGCUAUACCUACUACUGCUCGCGUCUGUGCCGCCGAGAGGACUGGGAUGCGCACAAAGCGCGUUGCGUGUAUGGCCGCGUGGGCAGCGUGUGUCGCCACGUGCUGCAGUUCUGCCGCGACAGCAGCCCAGUGCAUCGCGCCUUCUCGCGCAUAGCGCGCGUCGGAUUCCUGUCGCGCGGCCGUGGCGUGCUGUUCUUGGGCUUCCCAAGCCCGGGCUCUGCCGACAACUUCCUACGCUUCGGCCUGGAAGGGCUACUGCUAUCGCCCACCUACCUAUCACUGCGUGAGCUGGCUACACAUGCGGCGCCCCUGGGUAGCUAUGCGCGAGAGCUGGCGGCUGCCGGGAGGCUCUAUGAGCCCGCGGAGUGCUUCCUGCUUAGUGUGUCGGUGGCCGUAGGCCCCGGCGCUGCACCUUCCGGAACCGCUGCCCGGCCAGCACCACGCAGCCCUGGGCCCACCGUGCGCAAGUUCGCCAAGGUGGCCCUGGCCGCCGGCAGCCCGACGCGGCCUCCUCCUGCGCGUGGUGGAGAGCCAGACAUGGAAACGCUGAUCCUAACGCCACCUCCAGGCACUGCGGGCCUGGACCAGGAGGGUGAGGCCGGCCGGCGCGCACGUGAAGUGGCCUUCAUCCACAUCCAGCGUGAACUGCGACUGCGCGGCGUCUUCCUCCGCCAUGAGUUCCCACGGGUCUACGAGCAGCUCUGCGAGUUCGUAGAGGCUAACAGGCGCUUCACGCCCACCACCAUCUAUCCCACGGAUCGGCGCACGGGCCGCCCCUUCAUGUGCAUGAUCAUGGCUGCUUCCGAGCCACGAGCACUCGAUUGGGUAGCCAGUGCCAAUCUGCUAGACGACAUCAUGUGAGCUAGACAACAUCAUGGGACUGUUAGGCCCAGGCCCUGACCAGAGCCCUGCCUGAUCCAUCAAGACCGCCCCCAGAAUCUGAACCACCUGGUUCAGCACCCCCGCCAAGUCCCCCGGAGCCUCCCUCAGUCUUCUACAAUUUCUCUGCCCUGAGAGCUCCACCCACUCCAAACCUCUAACUUUGCCUAGGAGCCCACCCCCACCCCACCCCCGCCGUCCUGUUUCCCAUCAGCUGCUUCUUUUCCUUCCUAUUCUCAGCGAGACCACCCAGAUCCCACAUCCUGGGCUCUCCCCCAGUCAGCCAGGGAGAGGGGGCUCCCCAAGAGCCCGGUCCUCGCCCUCGGUGCUCCCCGCUGGGAGGUGGGGUGGGCCUGAGGACCGCUGGGCUCUGCCUUCUAGUGGAAGGUUACUACUACAUACAUCCCAUGGGGACAAACUUGAUACACAUUGUGGGUGCUUGCUAUAGCUCCCGAACCCUAGAUUCAUCCCCUUUCCUCCUAGUCCAGAAGUUCAUGUUGACCAAAGCCUAAUGUCCUUACUGUAAGCACUCCCCUAACCUUUCUCCUGUGUCUGGGGGGUGUCAGGCUCAGAGGCCUAGUCCUUGUGCAUCCCUAUGCUGUUGAGGCAAUGGGCAGGGCCGCACACACACUAACAGUGCUGCCUAUCCUGAGGUUCUCUCACCUCUGAUCAUGUUGGUCUGGGCCCUUGCAGAACCUGUUGGAAUACUGCGGGGGACGGGUCUUCAGGCCAAGGCGUAGGCACAAGCCACCCAGCCAGAGGGGAACCUGAGCAGGGGAAGCAGAGUGUGGGUAGUGGGCAGGCCAGAGUCAAAAAUCUGACUGGGCAAGGGUUUGAAUUCGCUCACACCUACUCAACAAGAUGGCCCUAAAAAUCCACCUUCCAGAGAAGAUGGAAGCUCAGGCCUUAAUCUCCCAGGGAGGUGGGAAGUGUGUGCUAAUGAAUUAGCAGGGGACCCUACAGAGAGCAACACCUACCUGCUGACUGACUUGUGUUGAAUAAGGAACAGGGGCUGGCCCUAAUUAGAAACUGGUUGGGGUGCAGAGUAGUGAGCCACCAGGUGUGGGAGCCCUUAGGGAGCCGGUACUGAGGCCUACCCUGAGUCCAACCCUAAGCACAAACGUGCCGCAUACACGCCCUGGCUGAGCUCCAAGCUGAGAGUAGAAGCCAAAGCCUGAUGUGUUGUGGAGAGCGUAGGCCUAGGCAGCCCUGGGCCCCUUGCUGGACCCGUGCAGGCCUAACUGCACUCGGGUCCGCGCCCAGAACUCCGUUUAGGGUGUGACCCAGAGAGGCUUGAGACCAGAAGCUGGACAAGUGCUCUCUAGGAGCCCGCAGGCCCUUCAGAGGCAGGGGAGGUCAAGAGCGAGAGCCUGGGACAACUCCCUGCAGCGCGCGAGGCGCGCAUGCUUCACUACCCUCCCUGCUGUGUGCCCCGAUUGCCGCUCUUGCAACACUUGCUGCCGCUCAGCCUGCCGCCCUCCCCAGGGGCUCCACUUUCCUUCCUGCGGCAGGCUGGCAACAAUGCCCCUGGCAAGAACUCGCCCAUUUCUAAAGGGCGAGUGCUUUCAAACCAAGUAAAAUAGAACUUGAAUGUA